UCCGUGGAGAGAUGGCUGUGGAGUCUCUGCUGGUUUCUGUGAAGUCGAAACGGGCUCUGUGGACAAACAGCAGGAGGCGAGAAACCCCGCCGCAGUUCGCUUCAAACUCCAUUUUUGUUUAAAUAACAACGGUUUGAGAAUCCAUCAGCACUCCUGAAUCCUAGAGAACGGGGAGAUAAGGGGCUCUCCGUUUCUCUCCUUCUGUUGUCCAAGACCUGGACAGGUUUGUGUUGUAGCUGUGCGUCCGGGGAGGCGACCAGGCUGCCCGGAUGAAGAGCACUCCGGGACACAGAGACACAGCUGAUGCAGGGCAUGCAGGUGUUUCUGCAAAUAUGAUGAAGAAGAAGAAUCCCCAUAAGAAACACAAAAGCAGUCUGGGUCCAACCACCAAAGUUCUGCCGCAGCCUCAAAGCAACAUCGUCGGCUGCAAGAUCCAACACGUGUGGAAAGGAGGAGGAGGAGGAGGAAACGUGGUCUGGAAAGGAGCGGUGCUCGACCAGGUGCCAGUGAACCCAGCUCUCUAUCUGAUAAAGUACGAGGGUUUCGACUGCGUUUAUGGUCUGGAGCUUCAUAAAGACGAUAGGGUUCAGGGACUGGAAGUGCUCCCGGACAGACUGGCAAAAUCCCGUCUAACGGACGUCAACCUAGCCGAGACCAUGAUAGGUAAAGCAGUGGAGCACAUGUUUGAGACGGAGGAGGGUCCAAAGGAGGAGUGGAGGGGAAUGGUGCUGGCCCGGGCUCCCAUCAUGACCACCUGGUUCUACAUAACCUACGAGAAAGACCCGGUCCUCUACAUGUACCAGCUGCUGGACGACUACAAAGAGGGAGACCUCCGCAUCAUGCCCGACUCAAACGACGGUGUCCCGGCGGAGAGGGAACCCGGCGAGGUGGUGGACAGCCUGGUGGGCAAACAGGUGGAGUACGCCAAAGAGGACGGCGGCAAGCGGACCGGCAUGGUCAUCCACCAGGUGGAGGCCAAGCCCUCCGUCUACUUCAUCAAGUUUGAUGACGACUUCCUCAUUUACGUGUACGACCUGGUCAAAACUUUGUAAGACUUUGCCGAAGCCUCCCUCGUGACAGAAACUAAAUGAAACAUCUGAAGCAUUCGAUCCAGCACUGGUUCCAUCAAAGAAAACCCACAAAAGGAAGAAACACAUGAUAGCAGGGACAGUUCAUCCUGACCUUAGACCCUUGAAAUAUCAAAACAUUGGCCACGGCUUUAUUACUCUUACAAGGUCCAACAUGUCUGUUUUCCUCCAGAAAAAGAUUUUAAAAGGAUACAACUUUGUCUUUGUGGAAUCUGAAAGUCGAUACAAAAAUGACCCGACCACUAAAAUCCUUUCAUGCUUUUUCUAAGACGUCCUUAAGUCCGAAGAAACUAAACCAUCAAAUUCAUCUCCAGUGUCUGAUUUCAUCCGGUGGGCUGGUGGUCGAGGAAAAGGUGUCAGUGAAAGGUUUGACAAGGAGACGAGAUGAGGAAGUGCGGUCGCCGUCCCUGAAACGUGGUCUGGAGCGGCUGGCGGUGUGGAAACACCACAAUACUGAUGAAGUAGGUCCGGGUCGCACUCCCUCCCAUGAAGCGCCCUGGUGGAAGAAGGGAGGACUGAAGACACUUCUGGUCUUCUGCAUCUUUGGACUCCUUUUAUUAUUAUUGACUAAUUUUGAUUCACUAUCUCAUAGUUUUGACUUAAUCUUUGACAACAAAAUCUCAACUUUCACUUGACAAGCUAAAUACAUUGUUGCCGUAAUUAAAAGGACAUUUUCAUUUUGUAUUAGUUAGUAAAAUCUUUAAUUCAGAUUCACAGAGAGGGUUUUAUUGUAACAGGGAAUCUUUUGUUCCCUCUUGGUCCAGGUUUAACCUCAAAGUUGGACUUUGAAAUAUCCCAAAAUGUAAUACGUGGCCCUUUUGUUCCAAUGAGGUGGCACAUCUGUCCCGAUGUUAAAGACAAUCGUGAUUUCACUAAAGCUUUUGGAUCAAAGGAAACCGAGGCUGAAACUUGUGUCCUUGGCAGUUUGACUGAAACGUAAACACCUGGAUCUCUCGGCUCCUCCCUCCUUUGGACACAGUGGCGGAUUCUAAGGACCAUAAAUCAUGAUGUAAUGCACCUUAAAGAUUCUCCGAGGCAUCGGGACACCGGUUCCCUCCCGUCUGGGCCGAGGACGUUGUGACUGAACUAAAGUUCCACGUUUGUAUUUGCACUCAAACCAAAAGAUUCUGGUCCUACAGCUUGUGUGCAGUAAGAGAGGAGAUGAAGAGAUUAAAACAAUGAAGGCUUAGAUUUACUUUUUUUCAACAAAUGUACGUUCAAUUUUAAGAGUAUUUGCACCAGACUGAAGGUUUUCCAUCCAUCGUAACUUGUGUUUGAAGUUUAGAAUCGAGCUUUUACCGAUAUCUCCAAUCCUCGUUAAUUGAAGCAAAAGCAUGUUGAAAUUGAUGGCUGGUGGGAUAAUUCUGGUUUAUUACAACAGAGCUUCGAAGUGUUAACAUUAUGAUGGCACAGGCAGAGAUUUUAAUCCAAUAAACCUUUUUGUGUCAAAUUCA